AUGCAGCGGUAUCUUAUCACGUCUUCUCUUGGCGGCGCCAAUAAUCACAACCGUGCCUGGCCAGAUGUGGAAGGUCGCGGUGAACUCCACGGGCCGCCUAAUGAGAUUGGCAACAUGGGCAAACACCAUCCACUUGUGUGCAACCUCACCACCAGCACCUCAUACCCUCAUAUCAGCACGCGCAGGUGGGACGCGUACGGCCUGCUGUACCGCACCGAUACUAAUGCGACCUAUUCCUGCGCUCGCGUUCCUAUCUGCGGCUUUGGCCUCCCAAAUGGCACCCUGCAUCGUCCCCGUCCUUCCCAGAUUAAGCAGCCAAGACCGCCCAUCCUGCAUCUGAUGCUGCCCUCUGGUCUAUGGUCGGUCCCUUGUGACACGCACGGUUCGGCCAUGCUUCCAUUCUUUUCUAUACUCCCCUUUUUGGGCGGAGCUCUCAUCUCGACCGUGUCUGCGGCCAGUGCAAGGGCUCCCAAGGGCAAUGCUACUAUUCCCGGCGCCUACAUGGUCGAGUUUGAAGACUCUCACGACAUUCGCUCUUUCUAUGAUAGUCUCAGCUCCAAGAACAUUAAGUUCUCCGAACGCUUGAACCUCAGUUACAGCCUCUUCAAGGGCGCGUCGUUCAAGCUUGAGGACCUAGUUGAUGAGGCCCAGACUGUGGACGAAAUUGUGUCCCUGGCGACGGUCAAGGCCCUGUGGCCAGUCCGCCGCAUCAACGUUCCUAUCGAGAAGAAGAUCACCACAGGGACCAGCAUCACUCCGGAAGAAGCCGCAAGUGCGCUCCGCAAGCGGCAAUACAACGGCACUGAGGUGGACACCUUCUCCACCCACGUGCAGACCCAGGUCGACCAACUCCGCGCUGCUGGCUACACCGGCACCGGCGUCAAGGUCGGCAUCAUCGACACUGGCGUCGACUACCUCCACCCUGCUCUUGGAGGUGGCUUUGGUGAAGGGUACCUGGUAUCGUACGGUUACGAUCUUGUUGGCGACAACUAUACUGGUUACAACACACCGGUGCCGGAUCCUGACCCCUAUGAUUGCGCCGGUCACGGAACGCACGUUGCAGGUAUUGUUGCUGCUCAGCCAAACGAGUACAACUUCACCGGUGCUGCGCCUGGCGUCACCCUAGGGGCGUUCAGAGUCUUCGGAUGCGAUGGCAGCAGUGCAGACGACGUCCUGAUUUCUGCCUUCAACCUAGCAUACGAGGCUGGCAGCGAUAUUAUCACGGCUUCCAUCGGAGGUGACUCUGGCUGGAGCGAAGAGCCCUGGUCCGUAGCCACCCAGCGCAUUGUCGAGGCUGGCGUUCCCUGCACUCUUGCUGCUGGCAACGCUGGUGAGUAUGGCCAGUUCUUUGGCAGUGCUGCCGCAGACGGAAAGGGUGUCACCUCGGUCGCGUCCUUCGACAACUCGGAGUACCCCGAGCUGUUGACUGAGGGCACAUACACUACAAGCGAGGCCAACUCUUCCACCCCUUUCGGAUGGGUCGCCAGCUCUGUUCCCUUUGGCAAUGUGACUCUGCCUCUGUGGGCUGUGAGCAACACCACGACUGUAGUCGAUGAUGCCUGCUCGGCUCUGCCAGCUGACACCCCUGACCUGUCGGGCUACAUCGUCCUGAUCCGCCGUGGAACUUGCACCUUCGCAACCAAGGCAAACAAUGCGGCUGCUUUCGGUGCACAGUAUAUCCUUUUCUACGCCAACACGGAUGAAGUCAUCUCGGCAGACAUCACCGGUGCUAGCUCUAUCCUAGGAGCCGGUAUGGUCUCGGCAGACCAGGGCGCCCAAUUCGUCGAGGAGCUCAACGAUGGCUUGGACGUCAUCCUGACUUUUAUCGACCCCAACUAUGCAGGCGUGUUCUACACCUCAGUCCAGAACACGCUCACCGGAGGCUAUGCCAGCACAUAUACCAGCUGGGGUCCGACUUACGAGCUUGAUGUCUACCCAGAUGUCGCUGGAAUCGGCGGCAACGUCCUCUCCACCUGGCCUCUCGCUCUGGGUGGAUACGCCGUUCUCUCCGGAACUUCAAUGGCCACACCCCUAGUCGCAGCCAUCUACGCACUUGUCGGCCAGGUGCGAGGCACAUUCGAUCCAACGACUCUCGGCAAUCUGAUCACUACCACCUCCAAGGCCAACUUGUGGAACGACGGUACUGCUACCUACUCUGGGCUCGCUCCAGUGGCUCAGCAAGGACCGGGCUUGAUCCAGGCCUAUGAUGCAGCUUUCACCACAACAUUGUUGAGUGUCGCUAGCAUCUCUUUCAACGACACCGAGCACUUCGUCGACAGCUACACCUUCGGCAUCGAGAACACAGGUUCCGACAGUGUGACCUACACGCUCAACCACGUCCCAGCUCUGACCGCCUAUACACUCACUGAGCCCGCGUCCUGGCCAGCGUACUUCCCCAACCCAACAACAGACGUCGCCGCCACCCUCGCCUUCUCAGACAGCACCAUCGAGAUCCCCGCCGGCACCACAGCCAACAUCACCGUGUCCCCGACCCUCCCCGCGGGCCUGGAAGCGGACCUCCUGCCCGUGUACAGCGGCUACAUCGCCAUCAACGGCACCAACGGCGACAGCCUGACGGUCCCGUACCUGGGCGUCGCGGGCAGCCUGUACAACGCGACCAACCUCGACCAGACCUACACCUACCUCACCACCUACAGCGACCCCUACCUGAGCUCCGUCGCCGCCAACACCACCUUCACCGUGCCCUACCCCACGCUCGCCGCGGCCGAGAGCCCGGACUCCAGCAUCGCCUACCCGGCCGCUACGUACCAGCUCGACCUGGGCGCGCGCAUCGUCCGCGUUGAUGUCGUCCCGCUCAGCUCGAACUACACUGGCAACACGACCGAGGUCCUGGGCACUACUAUUGCGGGCAGCGUGUACGGAUACCCUGUUACCUACCUGCCACGCUACUACUACGUUGCACCGUUCACGGGUCUGCUGGCUGAUGGGACUGUCGUGCCGCCUGGGCAGUAUGAGCUGGUUGUCAAGACAUUGCGGAUCUUUGGUGACCCCGAUGUUGCGGAGGACUAUCUGACUAUUGAGACUGUGUCUUUCAGUUUGGCUUACCAGUGA